CAAAAAAAAAAAAAACAAACUCAACGCGCCACUCUUCUCUAUCCCUUUCCCAUUGCUAGUCGUGGUGGAGAAGGGUGCGGCGCGGCGUGCUUACGGUGCUUCCUCUCUCUCCGGUUAGGGUUUGGAUUUCGAUCUCACUGCAUUGCCUUCUGCUACUGCUGGUUGCAAGAUGGUUGUGCAGAACUUUGUAGUUGAUUUGAAUAAGGCCCUUGUUUUCCAGGUUGGGCAUCUUGGAGGAGCUUAUGAAGAGUGGGUUCACCAGCCCAUUGUCAGCAACGAAGGCCCCCGUUUCUUUGAAAAUGAGAUUCUGGAGGUAUGCCCUUUAACUACAGAUGAAACUACAAAACCAAGCCUGGCGUCACCAAGAGAGUUCUUGACGCGCACAGUCUGGUGGGCAAUACCAGUCAUUUGGUUGCCAGUUGUAUGUUGGUUUAUACAUAACUCCGUACAAAUGGGCCUCAGUUGUCCUCAUUUAGCUCUAUUGGUGGUUCUUGGCAUUUUUGUUUGGACACUGCUUGAAUACUCAUUGCACCGAUUUCUUUUCCACAUUAAAACAAAGACUUACUGGGGAAAUACCUUGCAUUAUCUUCUCCAUGGCUGCCACCAUAAGCACCCCAUGGAUGGCUUAAGACUUGUUUUCCCUCCUGCUGCAACAGCUAUAUUAUUGAUGCCGUUCUGGAACUUGGUGAAGCUCAUGGCGACCCCUUCAACUGCUCCUGCUUUGUUUGGCGGUGGUUUAUUGGGUUAUGUAAUGUAUGAUUGCACCCAUUAUUACUUGCACCAUGGUCAGCCAAAGACUGAAGUGCCCCGAAAUCUCAAGAAGUACCACUUGAAUCAUCACUUUCGGAUCCAGGAUAAAGGCUUUGGGAUCACUUCAUCACUAUGGGAUAAAGUUUUUGGAACACUUCCUCCUAAAAUGGAUGCCAAAAGUAUGUAAAUUACUGUCAAGGAUAGCAUAUGUUCUUUGGUUAAAAUAAUAUCAAAGUCAGGAAUUCCUGCUUUUAUUUAUCUAAUUUAUUUGACCCCCCAAUCAUUGAUGUUUUCUGGGGUGUUAGCGUGCCAUCGUUCGUCAAUUUUGUGGUGCCAAAGUUCUACAAUUAAACAUUCUGUAAAAAUUGAUUUCUUGUAUCAGAUUGAUUUAUGAUGGAAGCUCACCUUGUCCAUACUC